AUGACGUACCUGAGAAACAUGGAAUUAUUCUCCAACAUGCCCAAGUGUGGGAGGGGUGCCAAUAGAUAUGUUAGUCUUUUGGAAACUUACCAAUAUUAUCUAUCGCAGUAUAAGGUAGCAAUGGGGAGUUUAUCGCAGUUGGUCCCGUUCCCAUUGUUGAGGACUGAAAAAUACACAGCAGGCACCAUUCCUUGGAGGUUCCCUUCCGACGAUCCGCACGUUCCCACUCCCACCGAGAUAUCUUGGAUUAAUCUCCUCCUCAGAACUAUCCCCACCUUCAAGAAACAUGCUGAGGGUGAUACUUCUGUUCCUGAUGCUGCAAAUAAAGCUGAAACUUUUGCUCAAAGGUAUGCUAGAAUACUUGAAGAUUACAAGAAAGAUCCUGCAGGUCAAGACGAGCCUCUUGAUAUCUUUACUCUAUGCAGGAUUCGUGAGCAAAUCCUCAGAGAACUGGGAUUCACAGAUAUCUUCAAGAACAUAAAGGAUGUAGAAAAUACAAAUGCCAUGUCCCUAUUUGAGAAUGUUGUUCGUCUUAAUGAUGCCAUUGAAGAUGAAGAGAAACGUUUAGAGAAUUUAAUUAGAGGAAUUUUUGCAGGGAAUAUAUUUGAUCUUGGUGCUUCACAGCUUGCGGAGACUUUCUCUAAGGAUGGAGUGUCUUUUUUGGCUACAUGUCAAAAUCUUGUCCCUCGACCUUGGGUUAUUGAUGACCUUGAAACUUUCAAAAUGAAAUGGAGCAAGAAGUCCUGGAAGAAGGCAAGUGUCAUAUAUCAUUUUGGGUAUUCUUCCAUUUGCAAGGGAGCUCCUUCGGCGGGGAAGUCAGAGGGACAGGAAAGGAUAGUGGUUAUAUUGGCAGCUAAUGAAUUACCUUCCCUCAAUGAUGUGACUUACACUGAGCUAACUGAAAUUAUAUCAAAGUUAAAGGGUGAAGACGGAUGUCUCAUGGGUGUCAGUACUUCAAAUCUUGUAGUUGCCAACUCUGGAAAUGAUUUACCUAUUAUUGACCUUACGGGAGUGCCACAGGAACUAGCAUGUCUUGCCAAAGAUGUAGAUCUCGUCAUCUUGGAAGGGAUGGGACGUGGAAUAGAAUCAAAUCUUUACGCUCAGUUUACAUGUGAUUCCCUCAAUAUUGCUAUGGUAAAACAUCGUGAGGUUGCAGAAUUUCUUGGGGCACGCUUAUAUGACUGCGUGAUCAAAUACAAUGCAGUUUAG